UUUGUCGAUCUUGUUUUUUUUAUAAUCACUAGUGCGUAAACAACGAGUGUAUUUCUAUACCUAUAUCUAUCUAGAUAUAGCUAUUAGCCGAGGCGCCAUUGCUUUGAUGAACAUUACAAUAUUCGAUGAUUCCGCGCAUGCGUAUUGCGCCUUAACUAAUACUUGGCAACAAGGGCAUACAAUUCUUUCAAUUCGUUGAUUAUAAUAAUUUUAAAACAUGACACCCCGCCAGAAGUUCUACAUCGCCUUGUGCAUGCUGCUAUUGUUAGCUAUUAAUAUUUGUAGAUUUUUCAUACUACGUUAUCACGAACUUAUUAAAUCAUAAAUGGUGGUAUUUUGAGUGAUGAACUUACUUUUUUAAUCUGUGGUUCCUGAGAAAUCAACAAAGGGCGUGGUCGUGUAGCAGCGAGUUUCUAUUGGUUUUAGUUUACAAUUACUACCUACCCUACGAUACCAGCCGUCGACCACAAACAGAAGAGAGAAGGGUGUAAGCACUCUUCCACUCGGAUGUCCCAGGAAGAACGUCCAGAACCUCUAGACACACUACCGCGAGACCUGAGAGAACAUCUCGAAAUGGAGGAAUCGGAUGAGGAACAGGACAACUUCCAGGACGCUUCGGGCGAUGUACCUGAUGAGAACAUGGACCUGCAAAUGGCCCUCGCCGAUUGUGAGAUGGCGAUCAAACGCUUUUUCAACAAUGAUUUGGAAUCGGCGAUGGGUAUCAUGAAGUCUCGGAGCAGCUCGUCUAUAUACCACAGCCUGGGUGUUUCAAUAUUCGAGUUCAUUCCUGCGGUUUUAACCCUGGAUUCGGCUCAGGUAGGCCGAGCGAUCCAGAGCCUGAAGACAACAGUACAGCUGUGCAACCAACACCGGAGGAGCUACACGAUAAUGCAGACGAUAGGGACGAUGAUAACGAAGCCGAACUACUCGACAAUGACCGACUUGGAGGCUCACGCAGAACUCUGCUUCGCCGAGUCGAUGCUGCUGCAGGCGGCCCUAUCCGUCAUAGAGGGAGAGGACAUCGCGGCCUUUCUCCGGGCCACCAUGAAAAUCAAGAACUCCUACAACACCUACAAUGUAACACUGCUCGUCCGCAGGGAGUGCUCGCGAAUUCUCGAGAAAAAGACGUGGGAAAGUCUAGAGUCGCGCCAACAUUUCCACAGCGGCGUUCGCCUCGGACUAGCAACCUUCAAUAUCAUGAUAGCUUUAUUACCGGCGAGAAUUAUAACCCUGCUCGAAUACGUCGGUUAUUCUGGCGACAAGGAGGCUGGGUUGGCCGAGCUUCAAACCGGGGCCCGGGAGCCGGGCCUGCGUGGCGUUCUCUGCGAGAUAGUCUCGCUGGGUAUCCAACUCGUGGUGAGCCAUUUUGCUGGAGCAACACCGAACUUCCAUCAGUGUCGAGAAAUAAUAGACGCUCAGCUGAAAGUGUACCCCGAGGGUGUAUGGUUCCUCCUCUUCGAGGGUCGUUUGGAAUUGCUCCGCGGUCGCUGCGCCUUGGCAGCGGCGACCUACCGCCGAGUCGCGGAAACUCGCCAUCUGUGGCCCCAGCUUCGCCAUCUCUGCUACUGGGAGCUGAUGUGGGCGAGCGCUAUGAUGAUGGAUUGGCGCACGGCGGCUGAGUUCGCAGGACGUCUGAUUGAAGAGAGUUCUUGGUCUCGCACGAUGUACUGCUAUGCAAAAGCAGCGUUGCUUCUGCAAUUGGGGGAGGAUUGUACGUCUGCAGAACGAAAUCACGUCACCGAUUUGCUCAAUGCUGCUCCCCUGUAUCGUCAGAAGAUAGCGGGGAAGUCCCUUCCGAUGGAGAAGUGGGUAACGAAGAGAUGCGCGAGGUAUUCGGCGCAGGGGGGCCGGCUGAUGAUGCCGGCCAUGGAGCUGCUCUGCCUGUGGAACAUGAUGUCAGCCCUCGCCGCCGACGUCCCCACGCUUCAAUCCCUUCUUAAGAAAAUAGACAUCGCGAGCGAGUUAUUGGACAGAGAGGAGAGACUUUGGCCGUCUGCCCUGCUAGCAGAUAAUCGUGCGUUAAUCUUCUAUCUACGCGGCUGCUGCUUGUCUGCACUUGGAAUGCAACUCUUGGCAAUACAACAGUUCGAUAAGGUCGUUGGUCUGAAGAAUACUAUCAAAUCGGACACCUUUCUAGUGCCGUACGCCAUGUAUGAAGCGGCCACUUGCCAUUACAACCUUGGCGAGGUCGAUCGCGCUGUUAGAAUGUGGCAGGAUGCUAGGAAGGGCUAUUCCAAUUAUUCGCUGGAAUCUCGACUACAAUUCCGCUUGCAUUCCAAGCUGGAGAUGGCACAGAGUAACGCACAAGGUCAAGCAGACAUGAGUCUAUCCGCAAUGUCUCGUACCUCAAGUUCACUUAAACUCGCUAGCAAACGCUAAAUACGACAAAACUUGGCCUAGUAAUUAGGUCACACCACCCUGUUAAUAAACAGGGUGGAGUCAGUUUUACACGAGGUACAACAGUGAGGCAGAGCAGUAUAAAGUGCAGUACUGCUAUUGUUUGAUACAGUAGAGAACUGCAAAGGUUAACGCGCAUUCGUCCUCCCCGCGUGGCACCGCUCCGCCUAGUUAUCCACGCGGUGUUCACUCGCCACCGCAGUCUCGACACCGCCAAUUUAGCGGGAUAAAAUUAUAAUUUUUUUUUAGUAAAGACGUUGACGCUUGCACAGGUUGGUGGCGGGCGAUUUUAACAAGCGAGAAUAACGUAUCGUUUUACUAACAAAUUUAUAAUUUUGGUAAAAAAAAAUAUCCCGUUUAAUCUGCGGUGGUUAGGUAACCCCGCGUCUUUUGCGAGACGAGCGGUGCCACGAGAAGUGGACAAAUGCGCGUUAACGUUAACAGUGAGUGCGCGUUUAAAUAAUAGCAGUAUUACACUGUUGUACUGCAUUGGAUUACUGUUAUGUCCUUGUGUGGAAAUAGUUUUAAAUCUUGUCUACUGCGCCGUAAUUUGGCAUAUUGCAUGUAUUAAAUGUUUUGCGACCAUUAUAUUCGGGUUGCUUAGAUUACAAUCGUAGUAUUUAAGGCAUAUUUACUCAUUCUAGUAUUAUAAGGAAGAAGUAAAAAGCCAACUAAUUAUCAAUUUCACUUACAAUUUAUUUGAAUCAA